AUGUCGCCAUCUUCCUCUUCGAUCCUGCGCCGCGUCAUCGUGUUGGGAGAGACCCACGCCAAUCGCAGCUACUGCUCCAACAAGUUGCAAACGGCCAAGUAUGAGACGACGUGGCAGCUGCUGGUCUACGGGCUCAUCUCCUGCAUCUUCUCCUCCGUGGCCAGUGUCUACUUCUUUACCGUUGGCAACAAGGUGUUCGAAAUGCUGUGCCUGUUUUGGUUCAACAAGAAGGACCAGAUCAACGACAAAAGGAUCAACUCGCGUAAGGUCAAAGUCGUAACCCGUGCUGGCAUGGUGACUAAGGAACGAAAAGACCUGAUGGUGGGCGAUCUCGUUCACAUCGAAGAGUGCAUAGGAACAACGGGCGAGGAGCGUGUGGAAGUGCCAGCAGAUCUCCUUCUCAUCUAUUCUGAUACAAGGAGCGUCUUCCUCGACAUGUCGUCGCUCACCGGAGAAAAGGAUUCCGUCCAGCGCAAGGUGCCUCUUGGACUCGAGAUUGAGAGACCCGAUAGCGAUCCGUUGUACGGCGUCCUCUACGCGACGGAACCAAAGCCCGAUCUCGAGCAGUUCAAGGCCGAGUUGAGGAUCGGCACCCGCAGGUAUGACUGCACCUACGAGAAUAUGAUCCUUGCAGGAUCUUAUCUGUUCAAGGGAAGAGACGUAUACGGCAUUGUAGUAGCCACCGGCAAGGACACGAAGAUUCGCCUCAAGCAGAAACCCACCGGCAAGAAGUCCUGGUCGCUGCAGAACAGGCUCAACAUCAUCACGACAGUCACGCUCAUCUUCCUGUUCAGCUUCAUCUUGCUCGGCACUAGUGGCUACACGGCUAGCCACGAAGAUGCACUCUUUUUCCAGGCUGUCGCGAUGUACUUCCUCCUGUUCAAUGGUCUCAUUGCCCAGACACUGCAGUUCACACUCGACGCUGUGCGAGGUAUCCAAACGUUUGACGUUGACGCUGAAGUGAAGAACCCAUGCGCCGUUGAACAGCUCGGACUCACUCAAGCCAUCGUCUUUGACAAGGUAUGCUACUUUCUCUGCUUCAGCAAGGCGCAGCCCGUGCCUACGUAG